CCUCUCGCUUUCCGGCAGAGUGGCGCGCUCCCAGGCCCGCCUUACGGCGCGCUGUCGUGCGGCCCCGGUUGUUGGCGACAGUUCCGCGGUGGCGGGGCCCGGCCGGUGCCAUGGACGUGGGGGAGCUGCUCAGCUACCAGCCUAACAGAGGGACAAAAAGGCCCCGGGAUGAAGAGGAAGAGGAAAUCAAAGCCCGUCGGAAGCAGGCGAGCACGCGGGAGCACGGCCGUCACCGGGAAGAGGAGUCGGCUGCGCUGGAGGAGACUGAUGAUGAGAAGAAGAAACUCCUUCAGAUAAUUGAGAGGGAUGGUGAGGAGGAAGAGGAGGAGGAGGAACCUUUGGAUGAAAGUUCAGUGAAGAAGAUGAUUCUCACCUUUGAGAAGAGAUCGUACAAAAACCAGGAGCUGCGGAUCAAGUUUCCUGACAAUCCAGAGAAGUUCAUGGAGUCCGAGCUGGAUUUAAAUGACAUCAUCCAGGAGAUGCAUGUGGUCGCCACAAUGCCGGACCUGUAUCACCUGCUGGUGGAGCUCAACGCGGUGCAGUCCCUCCUGGGGCUGCUGGGCCAUGACAACACAGAUGUUUCCAUAGCAGUGGUAGACUUGCUUCAAGAGCUGACAGACAUUGAUACUCUCCAUGAGAGUGAAGAAGGAGCUGAAGUCCUCAUAGACGCUUUGGUGGAGGGCCAGGUUGUGGCCUUGUUGGUCCAGAAUUUGGAGCGCCUGGAUGAAAGUGUGAAGGAGGAAGCUGAUGGUGUCCACAACACACUGGCCAUCGUUGAGAACAUGGCAGAGUUCCGUCCGGAGAUGUGCACAGAGGCUGCGCAGCAGGGCCUCAUGCAGUGGCUGCUCAAGAGGCUGAAGGCAAAGAUGCCUUUUGACGCCAACAAGCUGUACUGCAGUGAGGUGCUGGCUAUCCUGCUCCAGAAUAACGAUGACAACAGAGAAUUGCUUGGGGAGCUGGAUGGGAUCGAUGUGCUGCUUCAGCAGUUAUCCGUGUUUAAACGACACAACCCUGGUACAGCUGAAGAACAGGAAAUGAUGGAGAACCUCUUUGACUCCCUUUGCUCCUGCCUAAUGCUCAGCUCCAACCGGGAUCGCUUCCUGAAGGGCGAGGGUCUACAGCUGAUGAACCUGAUGCUGAGAGAGAAGAAGAUCUCCCGCAGCAGUGCUCUGAAGGUGCUGGACCACGCCAUGAUCGGACCAGAGGGCACCGAUAACUGCCACAAGUUCGUUGACAUUCUGGGCCUGAGAACCAUCUUUCCUCUCUUCAUGAAAUCACCCAAAAAGAUAAAGAAAGUUGGAACAACUGAAAAGGAACACGAAGAGCAUGUCUGCUCCAUCCUGGCCUCCCUUCUGCGAAACCUGAGAGGGCAGCAGAGGACACGGUUACUGAAUAAAUUCACAGAGAAUGACAGUGAGAAGGUUGAUAGGCUGAUGGAACUGUAUUUUAAGUACCUGGAUGCAAUGCAGGCAGCUGAUAAGAAGAUUGAUGGAGAGAAACAUGACAUGGUGCGUCGGGGAGAGAUAAUAGAUGAUGACAUGGAAGAUGAAUUCUAUCUCCGUCGCCUGGAUGCUGGUCUCUUUGUUCUACAGCUCAUCUGUUACAUCAUGGCAGAGAUCUGUAAUGCCAGUGUUCCCCAGAUUCGUCAGAGAGUCCAUCAGAUUCUGAACAUGAGAGGCAGCUCCAUUAAAAUUGUUCGACACAUCCUAAAGGAGUAUGCGGAGAACAUCGGGGACGGGAAGAACCAGGAGUUUCGGGAGAGUGAGCAGAAGCGGAUCCUGGACCUCCUGGAGAGUUUCUGAGCCUCGAGGUCUCGGCACCUGGUUCUGCCUCUGCUGCCCCCUCCACCCUGAUUGCGCGAUCAGUGAUGUUUCUGUGAA